AUGGCUACUGUAGAGACGCUUCUGCAUAUGCCCACGGAUGAGGUUCAAUCCUAUCCUGCUGUUGUCACGACUGAGGAAGUCUCGCUGCUUCUUCGUGAGAUGGAGACAAUUCUGCGGAAGUGUCUUUACGCCAUUCGAUAUAAGUUAGUAACCCCUUUUUCUAUUUUCCUCAAACUUCUGCUGCAACCAACUGUUUCUGAUGGCGAGCGGGUAGCACAGUCAUUGUUAACACCUGCGGAAGAAGGACAUUGUGUAGACUUAUUAGUAAAGAUAUGUGCUACACUUUUUAAAUCAGAAAAUCAUUCCUUUCGUUGUGAAAUUAAUAUGGAAAUUUUCUUUGAAUUUAUACAACUAUUAUGUGCUUCUUCAACCUUGAAGGAUACACUAGGGGCGGUAUUGAUGCCAUGUCUACUGAAUUUUUUCUGCAAUGCUUCAGAAAGUGAAGAUGACUACCGUCAACCUCGUGCUAUUGCAAGUGUUCUCAUUACACUUAUUCGAGGUUCAAAAGCGAAUAAAAAUCGAAUGAGUGUUGAAUGUGGUCGUAUUGGAGAGACAUUAACAAAGUCUAACGAUAUAUUUUUUCAAAUGCAGUGUGUUGAAAUUAUAUUUCGUCUUUAUACACAUAAUCGUACCGUAUUAGCGACAUCAUCAUUACCAGAAUUCUUUAAAAAAGGUGUAGCAGAGCUUCCUAAUGAUUCUAAUCUCUUAGCAAGAAUUCAAACUCUCCUUGAUAUUUAUAAUAUGGAAUAUAAUACUUCAGGUGUACUUCAGUUUACAGCACUUCUUAUUGAAGCUGGAAAAAAGGAGGUUUGUGGUCAUACAAAUAUGUAUUUUUCUCCACUUAUUCUUGUUAUAAUGAUUCCUGGUAAUUCUGGUGACAACAUUACUAUUCCCUAUGAACAUAUUCGUUCCGUACGAUUAUCAAAAGACCGAAAACUCGGCCUUCGUCUACACAUAAUCCCAGAAAGACUUUCUGAUGUUUUAAGUCUUGAUGUUGGUAAAGAUACAUUAAUGAUUUCAUUAACGCAAUCUACCUUCAGUACUAUUCGAUCUUCUGGAAUUCAUGAGUGGAUUGCUGAAAGAAAACGUCGUGUACCUAUUCACCGUAUUCGUCAAAGAGAUGAGGCAACGUUAACGACAGUAGGAACAACAACGGCAGCAACAGCAACAACCACUACGUCAUCAGGAGAGAUGAUGACAUCUCAUUUACAAAAGAAUCACGUCAAUGGUGCUAAUGUUUCUAGCAGAGAAGGAAGUCAUAUUGUUUCACUUCCAGUUACAGAUACGGCUUCGGCGCCUCUUUCUCCUGUUCGAGGUGUGAAUAAUAAUAAUAAUAAUAAUAAUAAUAAUAAUAAUAAUAAUAAUAAUAAUAAUAAUAAUAAUAAUAAUAAUAAAUCCAAACAAGAGGAACAUCAGAAAGUACAAGAAAUCCACUCUAGAGGUACUUCAACAGAGAAAUCAGAGAAUGCACCACCUUCUACUGUGGAGGGAGAUACACUUCGUCAACUACAUGAGGCCGUUUCACAGAAAGUUGCACGAAUGCGACAGGAAUAUCAAGGAGAACUUCAAUCCGCUGUUGAUUUUAUGCAAGAAGAAUUAGAAAAGAUGCGUCGUAUUAAUGCACGAGAACGUGAUGACUUUGAAGCUUCUGUUCGUGAAGAUUUAACAUCUAUAAGACGCUCCGAAGCCCAAGUAAAGGAACGUGCUGCGGAAUGUGUACAGUCUCUAAACCAGGAAUUAACGGAAGUUCAGGCAUUAGGGGAACUUCUAAAGAGUGAAAUAGAUAAAGUUAGAAAUAAUCUUGCGAAUGUGUUAAAACGCUCUGAAUCUGCAGAGGAGGAAUCACUUGUUCGACUCAAGACAGUAGUGGAUAGUGAGAUGAAAUCUAUGGAGGGAACCUUACUACAGUUGAUUGCGUCUACAAAUCCAGUUACCUUCUUGACAACGUACUUCUCACGAAAACUUGAGAGUGGCCUUGUGUAG